CUCUCAAAAACAAGUAUAUAUUUGCACCAACUCAUCCCAUUUAAUGCAAACAUGUCUAUAUAAUAUAUAUAUAUAUAUAUAAAUUGGGCUCUUAAGAAAACCAUGAAAUUUAUAAUGAUAAUUAAACUUAAUCUCAUUUUCUUGCUAUCUCAAAACUAAAAAAGGAAAAAAAAAAAAAAAGAGAAGAAGAAGAAGAAGAAGAAAGGAAACCAGUUUGCUUCGUUGGUGAAAGCGAAAGUUGUCAGUAUUGAAUAAUCAGAUUCGAAAUUUAGAGUGAUAGCAUAUACAAUAUUUUCCCAUUAAAAUAUGUUUUGGUAUAAGACAUUUUAGGACUGUUUUCUGAGCUGUUUCCACGAGACUUCCUUUCUUUUAAAGUAAGAUGAGGUCAUCUUUCUCAAAUCAUUACUAGAAUUUGCUCUGUUAAGAAAAAGAAAAAAAGACAGAAGGGGGAAAAUUAUCAGUCAUUGAUCAUAGCCAAAAGUUUGCUUUCUCAAUGGAGAUUGUUAUUGCCAUCGUUGGCUCUAUUGUCGCCAAAGCUGUAGAGUAUACGAUCUCUCCUAUCAAAAACCAUGUCAAAUACCUUUCCAAUCAUCAGAAAAAUGUUGAGACCCUCAAGAACCGAGCUAAUAGGCUGAAAGAUGCAAGAGACGGAGUGCAGCAUUGUGUUGAUGCAGCUAAACGAAAUGGUGAGGAGAUCGAAGGUGAUGUUGACAAAUGGCUGUCUGCAGUCGACAAAAAGAUCCUUGAACAAGUAGAGGAAGUGAUGCAAGAUGAAGAAAAAGCAAAGAAAAAGUGUUUCAUUGGUUUGUGUCCUAAUUUCAGGACUCUUUACAAGCUUAGCCUGAAAGCUGAAGAGGUGGCAAAGGCUGUUGCCGAGCUACUUGAGCAUGGCAAGUUUGAAAGGGUUUCCUAUCGUGCAGCUCCGCAAGGUAUCGUGGUUGCACCAGUUAAAGGUUACCAGGAAUUCGAGUCAAGAACCUCGAUUUUGAACAGAAUUAUGGAGGCACUAAAAGAUGAUAGCGUCAGCGUUGUUGGGGUGCAUGGUAUGGGUGGGAUUGGAAAAACAACGCUGGUCAAAGAAAUCGCUAGAAAGGUCAAGGGCAAGUUGUUUGAUUCGGUUGUCAUAGCAACCGUAACUCAAGCCAUCGAUAUUGAGAAGAUUCAGAACCAAAUUGCAGACUUCUUGGGCUUGAAAUUUGAGGAACAGAGUAUGGUUGGAAAAGCAUUUCGACUACGAGAAAGAUUGAAGGAGAAGAGGAUUCUGGUUGUGUUGGAUGAUAUUUGGGAAAAGUUAGAUAUUGAGGAAGUUGGGAUUCCUUUGGGAGAUGAACACAAGGGAUGCAAGUUGCUGUUAACUUCUAGAGAACUCAAUGUUUUAUUAAAUGGGAUGGAUGCUCAGAAAAAUUUUCCCAUCGGGGUUUUAAAUGAAAAGGAAGCCUGGGACCUGUUCAAGAAGAUGGCUGGCAACUGUGAUGAAAGUUGCGAUUUGAAGCCUAUAGCUAUGGAGGUAGCCAAAAAAUGUGCAGGAUUGCCAAUAGCCAUUGCGACAGUUGCAGGGGCUUUGAGAAACAAAAGGUUGUUUGAAUGGAAGAAUGCUUUACGAGAACUGGAGAGGCCUUUGUCAAGCAACUUCACGGGGAUAACUGCGGCAUAUUCAGCUAUAGAGUGGAGUUUUAAUUAUUUAGAAAGCAAGGAAGUUAAGCUGACUUUCUUGCUUUGCAGUGUAAUAGGCCAUAAUGGUCUGGUUGAGGACUUGGUAAGAUAUACUCUAGGUUUGGGUUUAUUUGAUGGUGUCAAAACUAUGGAAGAAGCUAGAAAUAAAGUAUUGACGGUUGUGGCUAAUCUCAAAGCGUCUGCCUUGUUGCUUGAUAGUUAUAGUGAUGAGCGCUUUGAUAUCCAUGAUGUUGUUUGGGAUGCUGCUUUAGCUAUUGCAUUGAAGGACUAUCGUAUGCUUGUUUUGAGAGAUCAUGUUCCAAAGGAGUGGUCCGAUAAGGAGAAAAUGAAUAGGUGGAGUGUGAUCAGCUUACGUUGUCCUCAGAUUAUAGCUAAUCUUCCUAAGGAGAUGGAGUGUUCAGGUCUUUCCUUCUUUCAUAUGGCCGGCGCGGUUAAAAUUCCUCCCAAUUUUUUCAAACAAACCGAAGGCCUCAAAGCCUUAGAUUUGUUCGGAAUGCAGUUUCCAUCCCUACCUGAAUCAAUUAUUCACCUCACGGACCUUCGCAUGUUGUGUCUAAAAGAAUGUGCAGUUGACGACAUAACCAUCCUUGGAGAGCUCAAGAAUUUAGAAAUCCUUGACCUUGCUAAGUCAGGUAUCAAAGAACUACCUAUGGAGAUGACACAAUUGACUCAAUUAAGGUUGUUAGAUUUGAGUUGGUGUAGAGAACUCGAAAUCAUCCCACCAAAUGUCUUAUCAAGUUUGUCUAAAUUAGAAGAAUUAUAUAUGGGUGGAAGCAUUGUUGAAUGGGAAAAGGAAGGAGUAGUUGAAACUGAGAGGAAAAAUGCAAGCCUUGACGAAUUAAACAAUUUGCCUUGUCUAACUACUUUAUAUGUUCAUAUUCUUGAUACUCAAAUGAUUCCAAAGCAUCAAUUCGUUGAGACAUUGGACAAAUACAAUAUUUGUGUAGGUGAUUAUAAUAGGUUUGUAUGGUACCAAAAUCAUGAAUGUUCAAGAACAUUGAAGCUCAAGUUAUGUACAAACAUUUAUUUGGACAAUGGGUUGAAAAUGUUGCUGAUAAAAACUGAAGACCUGCACCUAGAGGGUCUUGAAGGCGUCAAGAAUGUACUUGUGGAGUUAAAUAAUGGGAAAGAUCUUCCACACUUAAAGCGACUUCAUGUCAAAAAUGGUAUGCAUGUCCAAUAUAUCAAAAUGGACAAAAUUGGGUUUUCUGAAUUAUGCUUCAUCAAACUUAAAAAUCUACCGCAACUCAUUAGCUUUUGCUCUCAAGACGAAAGGUGUUCCAUGAGUUCCAAGCCCCUACCACUUUUCAAUAAACAGACAUGUCAUUGGAUUUCGAAUUUGAGGAGCUUGAUCAUCAAAGGAUGCAGCAAGUUGGAGCAUCUGUUAUCACCCUCUCUCGCUAGAAGUCUGGUGCAACUCCAACGCUUUGAUAUAAAGGAUUGCAAGUGCUUAAGGGACAUAAUACUUAUAGAGGAAAUUGAAGAAGAAAUGAAAAAUGGGAUUUGUUUCCCUCGAUUAAACUCCCUGCAUAUAGAUGGUCUUCCAAACCUCAUCUUCUUCAGCUCAGGAAACCAUAAUAUCGAAUUCCCAUUGUUGGAAGAGCUAUGGAUUGAGCGUUGCCCCAAUUUUAUAGAAUUCAUUAGUCAGAGUAGUAAUGAGUCUGGAAUGCACGCUCUCUUCAGUGAGAAGGUUGCAUUUCCUAGGUUGGAAAAGAUGACAAUCAACAACUUGAGAAAUGUGAAAAUGAUGUUUCAUAAUGACUUUGUACCAGGUUCCUUUCAAAAUCUACGAAAAAUAAGAGUUGAGAGAUGUGGGAGUCUGAAAAAUCUAUUUCCAGUGUCAAUAGCCAAACAUCUUCCACAACUUGAAGGUUUACGAAUCAUUAAUUGUGGAGUGGAGGAGAUUGUAUCGAAAGGGGAAGGAGUGGAGGAGCAGCCUGUGAGGUUUGAGUUUCCGCAAGUGUCUUCCCUUGAGGUUACAUCCCUAAAAGAGCUCAAAUGUUUCUACGAAGGGCAACAUACAAUUGUCUGGCCCAUGUUGAAAAAAUUGAAAACAGAUUGUUCUGCUUUGCUAAAGAUAGUGGCUUCGGAACAUUUUAGAUUAAUCCAAGGAAAUGAGCAGCCAGUUUUGUUGGUUGAAGAGGUCAUUCCCAAAUUAGAGGAACUUGUGUUAUUAAAUUUUGGUGAUAUGGACCAGUUUCCACCAGCCUUGUUUCAAGAUAUUAAAGUUUUUGUAGUGCGUGGUGGCUCUCGAUCUUCUAUAUUUCCUUUCGUUCGAAGAUUUUACAAUUUGGAUAGUUUUGAGCUUUCUGAUUUUGAUUUCAAAUACGUAGUCCCUUGUAAAGGAGACGUUGGGACUCUCACACCAAUUAGAAAUCUGACAUUGGAUCGUGCCAUAAAUCUUAAACAUAUAUGGAGGAAAGAUUCAGAGUUUGACCAUAUUCUUUCUAAUCUCCAAAAACUCCUAGUUUGGGAAUGUGAUGAUCUGAUAAAUAUUACAGUCUCCUCCUCAUCUUUUCAAAAUCUCACAACUUUGAGUGUGUUAUAUUGUCAAAUGAUGACAAACUUAGUUACACCCUUAGUGGUUAAGAAUCUUGUGCAAUUAACGAGAAUGACGGUAUCGGGGUGCACUAAAAUGACAGAAAUAGUGGGAAAUGGGGGAGACUGCCAUCAGACAAUAGUUGUGAGUAAAUUGAAAUGUUUAGAACUAAGCUAUUUACAGAGCCUCACAAGCUUUUGUCCAAGGAAUUACACCUUCAACUUCCCUUGUUUGGAAGAAUUACUUGUGGCACAGUGUCCUAGUUUAAAGAUAUUUUCUGAGGGAGUUUCAAGCACCCCGCAGUUACAAAGAGUAAAACAGUCGCAUUACACUGAGAAAUGGAGUUGGGCAAGUGACUUAAAUACCACCAUACAACAGCUCUACACGGAAAAGGGUGGACUCAAUAACCAACAAGAUUUGAACAUCUCUGACACGUUUCCGGAGUCGAUAGAAAUAUGGACUAGGAACCCGCAAGAAAUUUUGGGCUUCAGAAACCUUGUUACGUUGCAGUUUUGUAAAUGUAGUAGCUUGAAGUACAUAUUUACUUCGUCUAUGCUUUUGGGCCUCAAUCAACUACAAUCGAUAAAAGUAAAAGAAUGCAGUUCAAUGGAACAAGUGAUUAGGGAGGAAGCAAUGACAGAUAAAUUCACAUUUCUUUCACUCUUCUCCAUAAGAAUUGAGUUGUGUUCCAACUUGACAAAUUUCUAUUUGGGAAGUCAAGCUCUUGAAUUUCCAGAGUUGUUUAGAAUCACAAUAGUUGAGUGUCCAAAAAUGACUACAUUUUCUUCUUCAGUUUCAAGAGGAAGUGGUGAUGCAAGUGAAAACGUGGUUGGCGAGGGGGUCAUCUAUGAUAGCCCUGCAAUUUUUUUCAGCAAUAAGGUUGUCAUUCCUUGUUUGAAGUAUCUGGAAUUGUCCUUCGUUAACAUUCAGGAGAUAUGGCACCACCCAUCCUCCCCAUCUGUCGGAUGCCUAAAUUCCUUGCAAGUGAAGAGGUGUCACAAUUUGAAAUACCUGUUCCCGUCUUCCUUGGUAAAAGAUCUUGUGCAACUCCAACGCCUUGAAAUUUUGGACUGUAAUAUGAUGGAACAAGUAAUAUUCACGGAUGGAUUGGUUGAAGAACAUCUAGGGAGGAAUCAGAUGUUUUUCCCUGAACUAGAAUUGCUGUGGCUAAAAGACCUUCCCAAACUCACAAGUUUGUGCUUUGAAAAUUACUUUGAAUUCCAAUGUUUGACAGAUUUAGCACUAACAAAUUGUCCAUUGCUAAAAACAUUCAUCUCUAAAUGUGUAUCCGACGAUGAACCUCAAAUUGGCCAACAUGGACAAGCAAGUAACUUGGAGGUUCAUAACUCAUCUCUCCUCAAUAAGAAGGUUGUUUUCCCUAGUCUGGAGAAGUUGUGGAUUCAGAAUUGUGAUUCGUUAGAACAAAUUAUUGAUCUGCAAGGAGUCAUUGCUGAUGAGUCACAGUCAACAUCAGCUGCUCAAUCUAUUGUGGCUGAAGCAGUGACGACCAAGUUUGUAUUUCCCAAACUAAUAAAUCUUGGAUUGGAUAAGGUGCCGAGAUUGAAAAGUUUCUACUCUAGGAUACAUACCACCAAGUGGCCUUCACUGAAACAAAUGGACAUUAUUGAAUGCCCCAAAGUACAGAUAUUUACUCCACAAUGUCCUGAGAGUCAGGUUGGAAUCUCAAACCAGCAACCCUUGUUUUGCGUCAAUGAGGAUACUUUCCCUGUAUUAGAAGAACUAACAGUGAAGACGAAUGAUAUGGUGAAGGGGAUAUGUGAUGGACAGCUCUCAUUGCAGUGUUUCCAAAACCUUAAACUUCUUAACCUCCAAUUCUUUCCUGGGACAUCCACUACUCUUCCAUAUUCAUUCAUUCGGUCACUACCAAUGCUUCAUAAGCUUGUUAUAGACAAUGCUUCCAUUUGUCAAAUAGCACAAUCUGAAGGACUCAGCGACGAGAAAAGGCAUACAUCAGCAUUCUAUCAGCUAAAGGAAUUAAGUUUGUCUCAACUUCCAGAGUUGACGUUAAAGACUUUUGAACCAUCUUUGCUAUCUUUCAAAAAUCUAACAACACUGGAUGUUUCAAGAUGCCAUGGAUUCAUCGAUUUAAUCGCAUGCUCAACAGCUAAGUGCCUGACGCUACUGGAAAGAUUGAGCGUAGAUGAUUGUGAGAUGAUAGAGGAAAUCAUAGCGUGUGAGGCUGAAGAAAUACAAGGCGGCAUUGUAUUUCCCAAACUGAAGUAUCUGCAACUAAGCUGUCUGCCAUGUCUAGCAAGCUUUUGCUUGGCCCAUCACUCAUUGGAAUUCCCAGUCUUGCUAAUGGUGAAGGUGACAAAAUGCCGCAAAAUGAGGAAUUUCUGCCAAGGAGAUUUAAGCACACCAAGGCUGGAACAAAUGCACUUAACAAGAGAUGAGGAAGGUGAACUGCAGUGGGAAGGUGGCCUUAACACUACUAUAAAACAUAUGUUCGAUGAAAUGAUUCUGCAAAAUUCUGAGGUGACGGAGGAUACUGAUCAGUUGCCCAAGCUGGAAUAAGAAAAUAUGUUUGGGUGCUUAUGCGAAAAACUCAAUUUCGUUUGAAUUCAAAACAAAUGGUUGAGUUGCUCUACUGAAGCACAUGGCUGCAUCUGUUGGUAGAACGUGAAGGUUAUUUCAGUUUUUGUAAAACUACAAUUUGAACUGUUCCAUUUCACAUCAUAACCUCAAUAUUGAAUUUCAAGUGCAUCAUGCAUGGCAUUGGGAACUACAAACAUGCAAACUUUUACUAGUAAGGUUGACCCCUGUUUUAAUAUUCCAAUUCUUCUUAAAGGUGGAUGGAUUUGCCAACUUUUGAUGGUUACCAUAUCAAUGUCAGCUUGGGGUUUAGGCGAUGUGCUGAAAGAUUGCUAUACAUAUUGUGUUUGUGCUUGUUUCAUCGUUCUUGUUCUCUCUAUAAAGAUUAUUACGUACUUAUUUCUAUGCAAUCUCACAGUUUUCUGAUGAAAA